AGGAGAGGGCUCUCUCCUCGCGAGUUUUUCCUCCUUUACGGCCCCUCUUCCCUCUGUGAGCUGGUUCAGUGCCACGUUUUGGUGAGCCCGUGGGAUGUGUGACUGCCUGGAGAAUGGGCCCGUGCUCCCUGCCCACUAGCUGAAGGCAGUGGCACUGCCCGCUACGCCCCACGCCCACCUGCCUGACUCGUAAGGACAGCUGGGGGCCUCGCGCCCUCCAGGCCUGGCACCAGAGUUGCUUUCUGAGUUAGUUCGGGUGGAAAUACAGCAGGUCCUCGAAUAAUGUCGUUCCAUUUAACAUGGAUGAGACGCUGUGGGGACUUCACUCUUAUUUAGAGCAAGGGGGCUGGGGUGAAACGCUUCGUCUGUCAGCUCACCACAGUUGCAAGAACCCACUGACCGUGUCAGGUGGGGACACACUGUAAACUCCUGCUUCCUAGAGCAUGAGUUCUCGCUUCCUCUUUUCUCCUCUGGACUUUCCCCAGAGGAAGAGAAAGCGGAAGGCUCAGGCCUGGGGAUUAGCCGAGGCCGCGCCCAGUUCAAGGUGUGGAGUGUGGGGAUCAGGAGGGGAGGGAAGGCCCGGCCCGCAGAGCUCACCCUCCCGGGAGAGCUGUUGUGUAGAGCGGGGCCCAGUGCCGUCCUCCCGGCGGCUCCUGUGGGAAGUGCGGUCGGGCGUGGUGUGGUCCAGCUGGAGUUUGAUUCCUGCCCCUUCUUGCUGUGAGGAGGUGGCUCUUUAUCUCCGGGUCCUGUGGGCCCAGAGCCCUGGCACCGGCCACAGCAGAGGAGACGCCACUCGGGGCCAGCUCCAGGCCUGCGGGGCGCCCUGUGUGCUGCCGGGAGCCUGACCGGAAUGGCCGAGGGACGCUUUUACCUGUCGGUCCUGGCGCUGUCCACCCUGGGCUCCGUGUGUGUCCUCUUCACCGUCUAUUGGAUGUGGAGCUGGCAUGGUGGCUUUGCCUGGGAUGGCAGCACCCUCACGUUCAACUGUCACCCGGUGCUCAUGGUGGCUGGCAUGGUGGUGGUCUACAGCGCUGCGUCCCUGGUGUACCGCCUGCCCCAGUCCUGGGUGGGGCCCAAGCUGCCCUGGAAAAUCGCCCACGCGUCCCUGCACCUGCUGGCCUUCGUCCUGACCGUGCUGGGGCUGGAGGCCGUCUUCAGAUACCACAACAACAAGCACAUCGCCAACCUCUACUCCCUGCACAGCUGGCUGGGCAUCACCACCGUGUUCUUCUUCGCCUGCCAGUGGCUCCUGGGCUUCGCCGUCUUCCUGCUGCCCUGGGCGUCCCCGUGGCUGCGCGGCCUCCUCAAGCCUGUCCACGUCUUCUUCGGAGCUUCCAUCCUUGCUCUGGCCAUGGCCUCCGUCAUUUCCGGCAUCAACGAGAAGCUGUUCUUCAGCCUGAAGAACGCCACCAGGCCCUACUCCAGCCUGCCCGGCGAGGCUGUCUUUGCCAACGGCACCGGCAUGCUGGUGGUGGCCUUCGGGCUGCUGGUGCUCUACGUCCUGCAGGCCUCAUCCUGGAAACGCCCGGAAGUGGGGAUCACGACCGAAGGACAGCCCCUGUUGCGUGAAAGGGAGUGAAGCGAGAAGGGACGCAGGAGCGGUCGGGGUGUGUCUGGACUCCCUCAGCACCUCUGCUCUACCUGGGGCUCCCGGGGGUUUGCCGAGCCCCCACCUCACCCACCCUGUGGGCUGCUCUCUCCGCCACGUGCUGCCUUUGUGUCUCUCGGUGCUCUGACUUCUGCUCUCCUUCCUGGCAUCGACUUGUGAGGUCCUCCCUGUACACAGGCCCUUCCUGCCCUGGCUGCGCGCGCACUCCUGCUCCCUGGCUCAAGUCCAGCCGAGCUGGUUCCCUAGACACCUCGGGAGGUGGUGGCAAGUCCUAGCAGCUAUGAUGGGCCGACUCCAGCGCAGUCUGUAAUGUGAAGUCGGCUCUCCCUGGGACGUGCACGUCAUUUAGGCACCCACCAUGGCUGGCCCCUGGACUUGAGGCGGGAGGGAGGGGAUGACAGAGCAGCUCUGCAGGGAAACUGAGGCUGCCUGCUCUUCGCCGUUCUGUUCGUAUCUCAAGUCCACUGUGACUGUGUGGCGCCAUCGCUUCUCGCUGCUACAGCCGGGACCUGGGUCCGGCCUGUCUCCGCCAGGCAGCCAGGGAGCCUGAACCUGCUGUCCCCAGCUGUCCCAGCGGGGCGGGCUGGCAGGGGUGCCUUACUCCUUCGCCAGGUUAGGGCUCCCCUGCCUGUCCCCGGCCACCACGACCCGACCAGCGUUGGGUGCUUUGUCCCAGCGGAGCCGAGGACCACGGCCACCUUCGCAGGUUUGCUGAGCACGAGCGCCUCACUGCUCCCACAGCGGCUGCGCGCAGGCCCCAGCCCGCCUCGUGCCGAGUGCAGCGCGAUGGAGCUUUUCCAGAGAAGUGGGGGAGCGGCCUGGCUCGUCUCCUACGUGUUGGGGCUUUGGCUUUUCCUGCCUCCACGAGUCCUUCUGGGUCCCGGGGCCACACUGCUGUGCAGAAGGCAAGCAGCUGACGCCCGGGUCUGAGUGUGCUUCCUCUCUGGCCCAUGGCGAUGGGCGACUGGCCCGCGACCCACAGGCCAGAUGCCAGGACUCCGCCUGAACCUCUGGUGGCCGACGUCUCCAAAGCCACCUCGAUGGCUGCCAGGCAGCUGGGUCACGUGACCCUCCUUACCACAUGGGUAGGCAUUUCACCUGUUUGUAAAGCCUGAUUCUCAUUAAAUAUGUUUUCAAGAACCAAA